AUGUCGUGCAUCCCGCUGUACCUCCGCGCCCUCAAGUACCCUGGCGCGUCGUCCUUCCCGUCUGAUACUAGAGCCUCCAUUGAAGUGGAGGCAGCACGUCCCUUGGUCACCUGGCUCGAGAACCAGAAGAUCCGGCACUACACCAUCCCCCAGCGGCAGGGUCUCCUGGCCACAUCUGCCGAUGACUGGCGGGCUGCCUACGGCCAGUAUCUGACCGCACUGGAGUGUCCAUGCUCGUCAGAAGGCCUGCCGGCGACCCUCCAGUGGCUCUGCUCGCGAGCGGUGUCCCUGGAGUAUGCAGACCGCAACGAGCAGCUGAAUGCCUCCACUUCCGCGGCAGUGGAGGUUGGCGGCGCCGUCUCCGACUGGUCGGAGCAUUCCCUGCCACCCUUUGCCGACACAGCCUCCCCUGCAGUGGCGGCUGCGGUGAUGCGCAUGCUGCGCACGCUGCACAUGGACCAGGAAGAGGUGACCCCCUCCACCGUGGAGCGGCUGAGCUCGGUGCUGGACACCCAGGUCCUGCCGGCCUUGCCUGGGGACGAGGACACCGCAGCCCCCUCCGGGACUGGACGGCAGGGCGUCUCAGCCGCCGGCCCGAUCGCGCUGCUGGCCGGCUUCCCGCUCGGCUUUUCCACCGGAUCGCCGCUCUCCGACGCGGCGGCUACCAUCCUGCGCAUGCUGUACCUGCGCGACCUGCGCGGCCUACAGGACGUCGUGGAUCGGGAGCUGGAGCGGGUGCAGGCGAGCACCGUGGGGGCCAUGGCGGACAAGGCCUACGGCCGCCCGGCGCGAUGA